ACUUUCGAUUUUACUUUCGACUUCAGUAUUCAUGUUCCGCCACACAUCUGUUCCACCGUUUUAAUCUUUCUCUGUGUUUAUCCGUUGAAAAUUUGAGAUUUGUCCGUCAACAUCUGAUCGAUCAUGUCACAUAUGGCUUAUUAGAUUCUACAACCGUGUAACGAAUAGUUCAAGAUAGUAGCCUGACUGACUGACGUGGCUAAGAAUCGCGCCGUUAAGCUUUAGAAGGCCUGAACCUUUGUAAUAACUAAACUUGGACUUAACUAUUAGGUUAAUUAAGUCUAAGUGAAAUAAGUAUAUAGCAAUUGCAGUACAAAACGAGGUCUCGCUCUUGUCAUUUAAAAAUAGGCCUAGUAAUUUUAUUUUGGUCUAAUAUCAAGUGAAUUGAUUAUUAAAACUGUUGUAAAGGAUAUUCAGAUUAAGGAGCAUAUAGGCCCUGUUACUGUUAGUUGUGGACGACUUUUACUCAGACUAGCUAGAACUAGAGCCCAAUAUUUUAUUAUCACGUUUUCUUACUUUUGGAAAUGAAGCUAACAACCACGUCUGUGACCAUUUGGCUUGUACUAAAUCUGAGCUUCGUGCUAUCAGUUUUUAGCAACGAAAUGGGAGGCAUAAAUGAAAUCGAUAGCAAGUCUUGGCAGCAAGCCUUAGAUGAUGAUAAAAAGCUAAUUGUUCUUUUUUGUGAGUAGUUAUUAAUGAUUUAUGUAUCUUUUAAAUUUUCUAUGUAUGCUACAUGUAGGCCUAUGUAUAAUUAUUUGUGUAAACUUAACUUAUAGCAGGCCUACAGUUACAGUUUAGGUGUAUGACUAUGAGAAGAAGUAGUUUAUUGUAGUGUAGGACUCAGCUGUAGAAUGUGAUGAGUAGACCCAUUAUAAGUUAUUCUUUUUAGGGCCUUUAUAACUAGGCCUACUAGUUAUACAGAACUGUUUAAGUCGAUAUGGAAAGAUGCUACUUUUCCUCAGCAAUUCAAGGAUGCAUAUAUUAGAGUAGAGAACGGGCAGUCUCCAAACCUGUAACAACUACCAAGACAUUUCUCUCCUUUCCAAAAGUGGGAAGAUCUUGGCUAGAAUUCUAUAGAGACUACUUCCUGAAAGCCAAUGCGGAUUCCACUCAAAAUAGAAUGGGGCACAGCUAACAAGAUAUUUGCGGCACACCAGCUCCAGGGAAAAAAAAAUAAAGUAAUAAAGGUCCACAGGACAUGACAACAAUAGUCAACCUGCAGCUUGCAGCCAUUUUACAACCAGCAAUUCUUGGAAUUCACAAAUGUAAUCCAAAUGUUACAAAAAACUCUGUUCUUGAGUAAAAUUAUGAUUGUUUAUUUCAGACCAGGCUGAAAAUUGUGAGGCUUGUGCAGCUGCAUUACAGAGUUUGGGCCAAGUCUUGGGACAACCUGAGAUUCCAACUGGUAAAAUUUAAACUACCCCUCCACCCCCCCCCCCUAUUUUGCUUAUUAAAUAUUUUUGAAAGUCUGAGAUAUUUAUAUUUAAAUUAAAUAAUUAAGACCCUUAUUUUAAUAUUUUUAAACCAGAUUUUCAUUUUUGUAACUUAUAUUUAUGUAAAAUUUAAACUACCCCUCCCCCCCCCCCCCCCCUAUUUUGCUUAUUAAAUAUUUUUGAAAGUCUGAGAUAUUUAUAUUUAAAUUAAAUAAUUAAGACCCUUAUUUUAAUAUUUAUAAACCAGAUUUUCAUUGUGGUAACUUAUAUUUACAUUAUUCCAGGUGAUAGGCUACUUAGUUAUUUAAUAAAAAGACACAUGCUUUUACAGAUACACAAAUUAAAUAGAGUAGUCUGGACCUACAUUUUUAGCAGUUUAUCAAAGUGCUACACCAUUCAAAAAGUGUUAGGAAUCCCUAACCUAUACAUGAUUAUAAUUUUAUUGAUCUUAUAUCAUUGUUAGUUUGUCUCUAACCUUACUUGGAGAGAGAAAAAACAACUGUAUGAGUGAACUGAUGCUUUCAGUAAUUAAAGUAAAUACACUUUCAGAUCUUGUAAUCGGCAAGUCCUUUGACCUGACACUUGUUCAAAACCUGAAGAUAGCAUCAUUUCCAAGCUUGAUCUUCUUACGAGAAAACUCUUACGUCAUCUACGAUGGUAAGUUUGUUUUUUUUUAGUUUAAAUUCAUUGUUUUUUAGGCACCUUUGGUUAGGGCACAAAAGUUAUCAUCUUAACUUUUUUUUUGUUUUUUGCAGGGGCAUAUGAUGUUGAAAGUUUACUGGAGUGGAUUCAGAUUGCUAAUCAAAAGAUCACAAAGACUCUGGAUGAUAGUUCAUUUGAACACCUGACACAAGCUGCAACAGGUGCAACCACUGGAGACUGGCUAGUGGCAUUGUAAGUUAGUCAGUUAUGUGCCUGCAAUUCAUCACCUCUCACCCUCUCAUCACACUGAGCAAAGACACAACACUCCACCAAGAAAUGGAUGGUACAUUUUAAAGAAAGCGCCAUUUUAUUUUUAUCCGUACUGUUACCACUGUUUGCAUCAGCUGUGAUGCACUUUUCCUAGAGUACAAUUCUGGGUCAUCUUUAACCUUGGAAUCAUCAAUAUAACUUUAAGCAUUACUUUAAAUAUAUUUCUACAUCACUGUGCCUAUUGGUAAUGAAUUGAAAAACAUUCCGAUUUCAUCAUUAAAGAAUAGCACCUUUGUAGUGAGAAUAGCAGUUUUUGUGAAUGAUAAUCAUGUUUCUAGGACCCAGAAUGGGAUAGUUAUCAAAGGUGUUGCAUGGCAGGCUCAUGUAAGAAAAUCAUCAGGUGGUUUUGCAUGAUCAACGCCAAGGAAUACUUUACAGCAGAAAAGGGCGUUACUCUUGUUCUGUGCACACAUAUAUAUAUAUUAUAUUUUAAAUUUAAUUUAUUCUAAAGUUUAAACAAAUUUUUGAUUUGAAAAGUUGGGUGAAGCUUUGAAUAAAGAAACAUUGAAUUGAGAUCUUUUCACUGCUUCUUUCAGUUACAAGGACUCAUGUGAUGCUAUACUCCCAGUGAUGGAGAGCUUGGGUGUAAGGUAAUAAUGUCAUUUGUAAGAUAAUACUGACAUUGUAAGGUGAUAUUGACAUUGUAAGGUGAUAUUGUUCGUCCGUCGAGGACCAUCAAGUUGUCUGGUGACUGAUGACUUGCGCGGAUGACUUUGUUUAAAGUGAAGAAGAGUUGCGCGGCAUCUACCUCGCUCUCUCGUCCGAGGCCACCAUAUCCAGUGGCAAGACUCUACGUCAAGACGACCAGGGAUGGGUUCGGUUGCAGGAAUUGUCAUUGUUUGCGCCUUACGGGACUCCAACUCCGGGUUUGAAUUCAGAGUUUCCUUCUCUUAGAUGAGUUGCCGAACACCAGACCACCAACUUGAGGUUUGCUCAGUUUAGACCAUUUGGCCACCCAGGUGAUAUUGACAUUGUAAGGUGAUAUUGACAUUAUAUGGUAGUAUUGAAAUAAGGUGGUACUGGCGUUGUAAGGUAGCGAUUACAUUGAAACAUGUGAGACCCUUCUAUUCUGUCUUUUAGCUUAGUCACCACUGACAUGUAGCUGUGUAUACGGUAAAAUAUGUUUUCAUUGCUUGUAACUUUGCACUAAAGUUUUCAAUUUUUUUUCAGAGUCCGUAACAAGAUCAAUGUAGCGAAGGUUGACGUUACUGUAAGCCCGCUCUUGGUGGAGAGGUUUCAGAUCACCAACUGUCCAGAGGUUAUUUUGUAAGCGUUUUCUCCUCUAGAUUUUUUUAUUUUACAAGCAUGAAUGUAUCUAUUAGUAUGAGGAGGUUAAUUGAUUAUUGUUAUUUUAAUUAAGGAUACCAAUAUUUUCAUUUGUCUAAUAAUGUAUUCAUUAAAAAAAAAAAUCUUCUUAUGUUCUUGCUACUCGUGUUUUUUAAAAAAGAGAAAAAAAAUUGCAUUAGUUUAAAAUAAUGAAAUAUGUAAAAUAUUGAAACAGCUUCAAGCAGGGCAGGAUGUACCGUUAUGAUUUCCCUACCCUUGAGGUUCCCUCACUUAAAUCAUUUGUCGAUGGGUUUUAUAAAAAUGUCAAGGCCGAAGGUGUCCCGAUUCCAAAGUCAAAGUUGUAAGUAUGCAUUUCUCUUUCUCGCAAUGUUUUGAUUUUAUCACACUAUGGGGUUGAAUAGAUUAUAUUAAAAAGACUUUGUUUUAUCAGUAGAUGUGAUUUUUCUUCUUUUGAUGCAUCAGUUGUUUUGUUUAUUAUAUAAAAUGAAAUAGGAGGCUUUUUGUAUUUUUCAAAGCAUUUGUAUGUGACCUGAAUAGUCCAUCAAAAAAUCCUUUCAUACAAUGAUUAUCCAUCUAAAAAAAUCUCCUACUUCAAUAUGUCCUGCACAGUUAAAAGAUAAAUCAUCUUCAUUCAACUCAUCUAGAUUUAAAACCCCAACACAAACCCUGCCCAUGUUGUUUAAAGAACGUUAGCUGGUAUUUAAUUACAUUUACAAUUUAAAGCACAGUAAGGUAAUCAAAACAUUUUAAUUUUUCUGAUUGUUAACUUAUUUGUCUUUUUGUAAACACUUUUCAGUGAUUACCUCACAGAGCACAUUGCUGAUCAAAUUAAGGUAACACAGAAGCUAAAUUGUUCAUUUAUUAAGUUUUCUAGAUUUUUAAAAAUUCAAUAUAGGCCUACAUAUAUUUUAUGGUCUUAUAAGAAUAUGUUCUGAUUAAUUUAAAUAAUUGCAAAAAAUACAAAGUUUUCAUGUUGUGAAAGUUGUUUUGUUGUUACCAGCGCCUUGUAAAGCGUUAGGUCGUAGAAAUGCAGGAAAUAGAUUUUACUGGAAUUGAUUUUUAAAAUUUGAUUCGUUUUGACUUUUUGGUUUCAUUAAAAUUAAGAUUCAGCAAAUCUCAAUUCUUAUCUUACAUAACAUAAUUAUUUUUUUUUAAAUAUUUGAAAAUCAAAUAUUUGGUUGUUUUGCUCUUAAGUUUGAAAAAUUUAACUAUUUUUUUAUACUGUUAAAAAGCUCUAUUUGUUUAGCCAUUUUUUUUUUUCUUCUUAACCCAAUUAGCAACAGCUAGAAGGGGAAAAUGGCACGAUCAUAUUGGCCGGUGCAGCCGGAGCUGGGGUUUUCUUCUUACUUUUUACGUUCCUGUGCUGUUGCCGAUCGUCUGGUGGCGACAACCGCAGAAAGCAGAAGAAAGAUUAGUUCUGGUUCUUGUGUGAUUGCCAUUCCUAGUCUGAAUGUAUUGUGAAUGUUGCUCUUUGAGAGAAAAAAAUAUAUAUUUCUUUCCAUGUCUCAUUUGUAAGUUUUGUUUCUACAGUUUUUGCUGCAGUGUGUUACUCUAAAUUAUAUGUUCUUAUAUAAAUGUGAACAUUUGUAUAUGUGCUUAUAUAAAUUUGAACAUUUUUAUAUGUGCUCAUAUAAAUUUCAAAAUUUUCAUGUGUUCAUAAAAUGUGAAAAUUUUCAUAUGGCUCAUAAGAUGUGAAAAUUUUCAUAUCUGCUCAUAAGAUAUGAAAAUUUUUGUGCUCAUAUAAAUGUCAACAUUUUCACAACUAAAAAAAUCAUAAGCAACUACAUUUGCUAGCAUCGUAGCUUAAAGCCCCCUUGUUCUUUGACAGGACUGGAGUUAAAAAUUCUCUACAGAUUUGAAUUUUUAUGGUGGUAACAUGGCAGUUAAUUGUUCUACUUGAGAUGAAAUUAAAUAUUUAAAUAUGGCUGCUGUGUACAAAAUUUUGCCACCUCCAUAUGGGUUACCAAAAGUUUCACCUGCUAGAUAACAUUUUUUUUCAGUCACAGUUAUUGUGGAUGGAAACAACACCAACCUAUACCCGGUCGUUUUGUUAUUUUUAGUCAUAACAGCAGGAUGAGAUGUUUUUAUUUUACAUAAUGUCAAUUUACAAGGCAGGAAUUGGUAAAAGUAAAUAAGACAGUUUAAAAGUAAUUGCGAUCUUCCUUAUUUGUUGGGAAGCUUUCGGCAAUAGAUUUUCAUUCACAGAUCUUUAAAAGUCAGCUGAGCAUGGCUGUUGAAAAUAUAGAAUCUAAGCUUAGUCUGAUUUUAUUAUUGUUAUAUAACAUCAUGUAUCUUCAUGGGACAGGCAGACUGGGCUGGUUGGGCGUAUGGCAUAUUUUAUACAAGUUCCAUGUCAUACUUUUAUUUACUUCUACCGUUGAAAAUAUGUGGAUUACUUGUCAAAUUAUACAAUUUUAUUAAGCCUGGAUGUUAUUUUUAAGCUAAGCUUCUUGUUAUAAAAAUGUUCUUUUAAAAUGCUAUCCCUUUCAUUUACAAUUAAUAAGUUUACUGUAAUUUUUAUUUAACAAAACUAUUUUUUACCCAUCUUUUUAUUUUGAUAAAAGGGACAGGGUACUUACCACACAAUCAAGUUGGAAUAGACAAUGUAAGCUGCUUAUUGUUGGUUCAUUACUGGGUUAUUUUUAACUUGUACUCUUCUGCUCUCCAUAAAUUCUAAUAGUACUAAUAGGCGCACGGAUGCUCAACCAUUAGUUAAAUUUUUAUAUUUUAAUGAAAAUCUCCAUUUCAGACUAAACUAGUCUCCACUUGUUUACACAUUAUAUUUUGCUGCUUUAAUUGUUAAUUGGUAUGGUGGGCCUGAAUGAGUUUGUGCAUUGAGUUGUUUUAGGUCUGUGUGAGAUGUGUUGAAAUAAAUAAAAGAAACAUA